UCAACGCGUGCGGUGCUGCGGCUAUUAGGGAAGGUAUUUUAUCCACUCGGUAACCGUUUUGCCAGAUUUUGUCGGCUUUAGUGAUUGUAUGUUUUGCAGUGUGGGAAAAUAUUCCUUAUUUGUGUUUUUGCGUAUUUAUGUUUUCGGCGAUCUCGAUCCAUUGGUAUAAAGAUAAAUAGUUAUGUGCGUAUAGAGGAGAAGUUUAAUUAUUUUCAACUCGGGUUCAGUUUAUGAAUCGAUCAACGUGAAAGAGAAAAAUAGUGAAUCGGUUAUAGCCAACUGCGAUCAUUUGUAGUGUGAUUGAUUCCUAAGCGAAGAAUGCAGACGCAUAUCAGAGUAACUUGGUGGCCGAAUUGAUUAUGUUGAUAACACAUUCUUCAAUACAGUGAAACAAAUAUUUAAUCGCUGUGUAAGAGUGACUUGCGGUGUGGAAUUAUUCAAUGCUGCGGAGUGAAUUUUUGUUAAUAUUUUCCCUCGUUUUAUGGAGUAUAGCAGCUGCAACAAUGUAUGGCUGAUGUGUCUUUUCAUGCGUUCAAGGAGAAUGAAAUAAGUUAAAAGAACACCAAUCACCAUGAGAUUUCCUUAACACGCCGAAUUACACGUGAUGGAAAAAGAAAGAAUUGCCAGCGAACUAACACAUAGUACGAGAGGAUUUCCUGUAGAGAAAUCCGCAUCAAUGACCAUUUUAUCACCUCAGGGAAACGCACAUCAACAACAGAAACAGCAGCAACAGGCACACCAUCAGCCACCGAGGGUGGUUCAGCUGGAAACGCUGGAAGCAAAGAUGGCAAGCAUAGAAGUUUCGCUGAGCACGGCUACACCAAGACGACGCAAGGGUACCUCGUUGGGGGGCGGGUCGCUAUCAGCCAGAUCAUCACCUAGACCCGAUGCAGCACCGGCCAGGGAACUGCGAUCCGCGCUUCAGGAUCGCGAAGCAGUUAUUCAAAACUUACGUUUGCAGUUGGGUCUAGGGAAGCUACCACGUCCAGCGGGGCCAGCUUUUGACGAUGUGGAACGACCGGCAGCUGAACAGCGGCUUUCGAAAUUGCGCUCCGAAGCAGAAAAUAAGAAAGUAGCAAUCCGGAAUCUGAAAGGUGCACUCGAGAAGUUAGAUAUUACAGACAAUAUCGACAUACGGAUACGGCAAGCGGAACUGGAGUACGCCCUGGGUCGUGAAGAGCUGCAGCUGUUAUCGUUGGUCGAGGAAGCGCGUGCACUUCAGGCUCGCUUAGAUAAAUCAAAACCUGAAUCCAAUUCGCUGUACGGGAUGCUCCAAUCUGGUGUAAACCUUACCUUGCAUGCCGUCCAAGCGACACCGGGGCGAUGGAAUGCCAGCAUGAGAACAGAUUUUCCUGGAUUUUGGGUGGAUUGGGCACUUGAAGGCGAAGGACUUCAACGAGGUGACCGAAUUAUCGAAGUCAAUGGGAAAAUAAUUCCUGGGAAAACACGAGAAGAGUUGCAGAAGCUUAUGAACACUGCUGGAAAGUGCGAGAUGGUUAUUCUCAGGAAGAAAUCAAUUCCUUUCUCGCAGCAACAGCUCCAGCAGUCCCAAGCAGAUAAUGUCCGUUUACAGCAUCGGAUAUCAUACCUUGAGGAUCAGGUGAAAGAGUUGUUAACGACGAGAGACAACAACACGGAUAGUGGAAGUUCUCAAGCCAGUAUAAUAAACGGCAGUGGUGGAGCUCACGUUACAUCAAUUAGUAUCACCUCACCACCAUCAACACCUCCGGAGAAUAAGCCGCAAAUUUAUCAACGUGGAUCAUUUGUCACAACCAUUGUUGAUGGUAAACCCGCUAAGAUUCCUCCGAAUCAUGAAAAUCCAAAGACACACCACGGCCACGUGACUACUACUACAAUCAUUAAAGAAUGUGAUAAGAUUAACGGCGAGUUAACGAGUGGAAAUGUGCUCCGACACAAUCUCAGGAAUUCGAUGUCAUCUUCGAAGGUAUCAAUUAAUAGCGAUGUGAGCAAUAGCACUGCGAUGUAUUAUCAGAAAAAGGAGCGCGAUAAAAGGGAACGGGAAGCACGCAGAUUAGAGCGAGAGAGGUAUAUGCAGCAGUACGGAUCAAAAUUGCAAAGAAGUAACAACGAUUUACAAAGUGAUUCCGACCGGAGACACACACAUUAUCACAGAAAUCAUGCUAGGAGCGCAGAAUAUCUCAAUGGUACAACAGAAAAACGCAAGAUGACCCUUGCAAGUGAAACAUCCAACUGCCGGCGAGAUGUGAGAAGUGUUAAAAGCCUCGAUUUUGAGAGUGAUAACAACGAGCAAUACACUUCAGAGCCUUCUGGUCCAAUUAGAAUGAGACCUGCUCCACCAAAGAAGCCACUCCGACUAUCGUUGCAAAGGGCACAAAGCCUUCAAACUGUUGAAGGUAUUUUGAUCGAUUCGAUCGUGGAUAAGAAACGUGGUAUGAAACGAACUCAUCGCAGUGGGAAAGCGUCCGAUAUGUCCUCACAAUAUAUAGAAAACAGCGUCCCUUUACAAACUGCUUCUCUGGGUCGACAAAAGUAUAUUUGAAUCUAUCUUUGCCCACCCAAAUGCAACAGUUUCUAUACGUACUGAAAACAUGUUCCAUCCAACAUCGAGCAAUUUUUUUAAAGUGUGUGCAUUAUUUUGCAGCUGCAAUUCAUAAUGAUGUAUAUUUUUCUUAAAUAUUUAAUAAAAACUUUCCGAAUAGCAAAUCAAACAAAAAAUUCCAGUAGA